UUCUGUUUCGUCCUUCUUCCAGACUUCCAGCAGCUCAUCCUCUCUGUCUCGGGAGCGGAGGUCCCCCCUGAGCAGCAGCACUGUGAGCAGGAGUGGAGCCCCAAUCUGGGGCAGGAGGACCCAGAACCCAUACAAUUUAAAGAGGAACAGGAGGAACUCAGAAACAGUCAGGAGGAAGAGCAGCUUCAAGGGAUUGAGACUGAUGCUAAAGAUUACAUAUUCACUUCUGCCUGUGUGAAAAGUGACUGUGAUGAGGAUCCAACUCAGCUCUCACAUCUCAAUCAAUCCCCAAAGGAAAGAAACAGAGAGAGAGACACUCAACCCAAUACUACAACUGAACAGAUCAAAACAGAACCUGAUGGAGUGGACUAUAGAGAAUCAGAACCAACCAGUGUCUCUCAGCCCCUCUCUACAGUAAAUCCAGUCUGUUCUGCAGCUCAAAGUGAAAAGAGUGAAAGUGUCAGUGGUAUGGAGACUGGAGGACCUCUGUCAGACUUUAACCCAGUCAAAUCAAAAAGAAAAAAUAUGAUAAAAGGACCAAGGUCCCAUAUCAAAACUAAGGGUAAGAAAUCCACACCGUUGUCCCUCCUGAAAUCACCCAGUCAAAGUCAUGCUACUCCUUGUUGUAAGAUUUGUGGCAAGUCUUUUCAUUACAUGGGCUCGUUAAUUAAACAUGUUCAAACUCAUACUAAGGAUAAAGAAGGCAUUUGUGGUGUGAUGCUGUGUGGAAAACGUUUUCAGUCCACAAAAAGUAUGAAAGAUCACCUCCAAACUCACAUUGCUUCUAGGUUUUGUUGUGAUGUUUGUGGUAAAUGGUUUAGCAAGAACAGUCAACUGACAGUACACAUGAGGAGCCACACAGGGGAGAAACCUUUUUCCUGCCCUGUUUGUGGUACAUGCUUCAUGCAGAAUGGAGAUUUGAAAAGACACAUGAGGACCCACACAGGGGAGAAACCACAUAGCUGUCCUGAUUGUGGCAAAGGAUUCAGCAUUGCCAGUAAUCUGUCAGUGCACAUGAGGAUUCACACAGGCGAUAAAAUACAAAAGGAUUCAGCUCUGGCACCAAUCUGAAUGUGCACAUGAGAACUCAGGGGAGAGACCAUACUGAUGUCCUCCAUAUGAGAAAUACAUUUCCCAAUCAGGUACAUUGAAUAACAAUCGCACACCAAGGAAGCACUGUAUAGGUGCAAUGAUUGCAGUAUUUUUCAAAAUGAUAGAACUCUUACAUGAACAACUGUCUCAAGGGAAACAACAUGACGGUAUGCUGUUUUGGAAAAGGUCUGGAGACAGAAGAUUGAGAGGCACAUUGUAAUUUACACCUGUGAAAAGAGAUGCCCCUCAGGAUGCAACUUUUGGGUGAAUAAAGUAUGACUGAAUUACUGCUUGCACAUAAGAACUCCCCAUCUCUGUCUAACAGAGAGCAGUUCAUGGAUUUCUGAGCAACAGUAGUUCCUACUCAUUAGUUAUAGGAUGGCACAACUGCAAUUUGAACCUAUGUACUCCCUUUGUACAUGAAACAUGUUUUUGUUUUGAGAGUUUCCUGUUAAUAUGUUGAAUUUUGCCACACACUACAUGACCAAAAGUAUGUGGACACCUGCUUGUCGAACAUCUCAAUCCAAAAUCAUGGGCAUUAAUAU